UCCAACAUCAAAGAUGGCGGGAGCCUCCGACCCACUGGAGGACAUGCUCUUCAAUGAGGUGGAUGAGAAAGCAGUUAGCGACUUAGUUGGCUCUUUGGAAUCACAACUCGGUAAUCAAAAGACUCCUGCUGCUUCAUAUUCCGACGUAAAACGAGAGGGACCUUCGGGCGCUGUCAGUCAGUUCUCAGGGAAACUGCGUGAUCAAGUGGGGUCUCUGGAGCAGCCACAACAAGGGCAUCCAAAAGCGGGGUUAAACCAGGAACCCGGCGCUAAUGAGCCGCUCUCCGGCAAAAUCCUCACCUCCUCUACCUCUUCUGUCGCUACCGGGGCCGUAAUAAACGCUGGGUCCAGUCUACAAACACUUGGAGCAUCUCCUGCUACUAUUUCUCCCGCACCAGGAUCCGUAACUUUGCCCACUCAGUCUGCUGCUCCUGCUAGCUUCAACAGGGCUACUGUUCUGGGUCCAGCUCCUGCUCCCAGCCCAAACAUCAUCCCAGCAGCGAUCAGGACUGCUUCACCUGGACUACAAAGUUUAAACGGGAGUACCGGAGCUGUGAAGUUGGUGAACUCACCCGCUGUCCCUCCACAAGCCGAGGCCAGCACUGUUAUAAGCACUGUCAGUGCUGGGAGCUCCAAUAUUAUCGUGUCCAUGGCUUCGCAGCCCAAUUUCCCCGUACCUCAGUCUUCAGUUGCGUCUCCCGCUAUAGCAAUGCAGAGGCACCCUAGCCCGGUGGCCAGUGUCUCCCAGAAUGGAGUGGACCCCAGGGGUGCCCCGCUGGUUACCCAGGGUGCACCUUCCCCCGCUGCCUCUACAUCUCAGGUCAUGAACCACAGCAACCCUCUGAUGCACAGCAAGAUGCUGGUGUCCAGCCAGCCAGUUUCUGGCAACUCUGUCAUCCUGGGAAGCACCCCUCCGCCUGCAGGCAGCUCCCCCAUCAGCCAGACUCAAAGUGGGACCAGCACCACUGUCACCCUGGCUCCUGGGGUGAAACCUGCAGUCAAUGGGGUCGGUCAGCCUGCAGUGACUAUAGUGAGGCCGCCCAGCACUCCUGUGAUAGCUACUUCCAUCCAGCAGCAGAGACCUGGGCUGGUGGCAAGCCCCACCAGAACAGCUGCCCCUCAGCCUCAGCUGGCUGUGCGGCCCCAGCAGCAGACCACCAUUCAGCUGCCUCCUGGCUUCACCAUACCUCCGGGCAUGGUUCUAGUUCGGACGGAGGCGGGCCAGCUGGUGAUGGUCGCCCAGCAGGUCCUGGCCCAGGCCCAGGCAAAGACCCAGCAGGGCCAAGCGGUGGCCAACAUCUCCCCGCGACCCGCAACUCCGACAGCCGGGGCUGCCAUCCGGGUCAGCACCCCGAGUCCGGCUCCUGGUACACCGCAAACAGUGCGCUUGGGGUCUCCUGGCCAGACUAGAAUGGUUCAGUCUCCCUCCCCCUCCACCACGGCUGUACAGAAGGCCAUCACAGUGGCUCCUGGCGGUGCAGCAGUGUCAGUGAAGAUGUCGACCCCUCAGAAGGCCCCAACAGUGAUAACUGCAGGGGGACAGGCCGUGGCCAAGCCUGCCGGCGUGCAGCCCACCCCAACCCCAGUCAGCACGACGCCUGCUCUCGCCGCCACACCUGCUGCCAGAGCCACCGUGGUGUCCCAGGAGAUGCAGGAAAAUGUAAAGAAAUGCAAGAACUUCUUGGCCACCCUGAUUAAGCUGGCGUCCCAUAAUUCCCCCUCCCCAGACACCUCCAAGAAUGUGAAGGCCCUGGUGCAGGAUCUACUCGAUGCUAAGAUUGAGCCAGAGGAGUUCACCACUCGGCUGCAGGCUGAGCUGAAGUCCUCCCCACAGCCCUACCUCAUCCCCUUCCUAAAGAAAAGCCUUCCUGCCCUGCGCCAGUCUCUGCUCAACAACCAGCAGUCUCUGAUAACGCCCGUCGCCAGCACCUCCACCCUACCCCUGGGCGCCCCCGGCACCGUCACCACCACCACCAUCAGGCCACGGCUGCCCGCCAGCUCCACUGUCAGCACCGUCAGACUAAACGCACCCCUCGCAAACACAGCCACCCUGGAUGUGAGGAGACCGGGCGUGCAGACAGUCCAGACCCGUAUGCCCAUGGUCAUCACCCAGACAGUCAGACCCCAAGGUACGCUUGUGAGAGGACCUACAAUUAUAGCUGGCAAAAGUCCCGCUAAUCUAGCAAUCCAGGCUAAUCAGAAGAAACUGAGUGAUCCUGGGGGCGGGACUUUCAGCCUGCUCCCUAAAAACUGCUCUACCUAUGCUGCCCCCAGAGAUGACGACGACAUCAACGAUGUGGCAUCCAUGGCCGGCGUCAAUCUCAAUGAGGAGAACGCCCGUAUCCUGGCAACCAGCUCGGAGCUUGUUGGCACCAAGAUCCGCUCCUGUAAGGACGAAGCAUUCCUGCCCACCGGCCUCCUCCACCGCCGCAUCCUGGAAACUGCUAAGAAAUUGGGCGUGACCGAGGUGCCGGUGGAGGUGGUGAACUACAUUUCCCACGCCACCCAGUCCAGGCUGCGCUCCCUGCUGGAGAAGGUUUCAGCCGUCGCUCAGCACCGCACUGACGGGGGCAAGGACGAGGAGGUGUACGAACAGUCUUCAGAUGUUCGCUCUCAGCUGCGUUUCUUCGAGCAGCUGGAGAGGAUGGAGAAGCAGAGGAAGGACGAGCAAGAGAGAGAGAUGCUGCUGAAGGCUGCCAAGAGUCGUGCCAGACAGGAGGAUCCUGAACAGGCUCGACUGAAGCAGAAGGCGAAAGAGAUGCAGCAGCAGGAACAGGCGCAGAUCCGGCAGCGAGACGCCAACCUCACGGCGCUCGCCGCCAUUGGGCCCCGUAAGAAGCGCAAGCUGGACUCGCCAGGUGCUGCCACAGCCGGCACAGAGGUUGCUUCAGGCUCAGGCGCAGGCUCAUCCCCAGCCGCCUCCUCCCGCCAGCAGCUCCGUCAGCGGAUCACGCGAGUUAACCUCAGGGAUUUCAUCUUCUGUUUGGAGCAGGAAAGGACCACAGCCAGGUCUCUGCUGCUCUACAAGGCGCUACUGAAAUAAGGUGUCCCUCAAGGCAGCGCACUUGGCCCACUGCAGAUCACAGAUUGGGUUUCACUUUGUCCCCUCCUCAUGUGUCCUCAAACAUGUUUCAUGGUCAGCAGUUAUUUAGGCUUAAAUCCCUUUGCAAUUCUCUGUUGUAUCAUUUGGUUUGACCUGCACCUGCUUUCAUCUGGACCCUCGCCUUUAAUUUUACAAUUCCUCUGCACCCUUAGUAAGGAUGUCAUUUUCAGCUCAUCCGUGUGCCUAGUUGGGACAGCACAGAUUUGUGUUGAUUUUCAACACAAUAUAUGUCAAUAGCAACCUAUAUUGAUACAAAAAUAUGCUAAGUUGGAACACACAAAUGUGUGAUCUGAAUCUAGGCACUCUUCUUGAGAGUAUGGCACAACGCUGCCAGCAUUGUUUUCACCAUUAUGACUCCAGCGCUGUACCUCAAGAGGUGCCUUUAGAGUCUCUGUCCUAACCUCUCCAUAUCAACAUACAGAUUUUACGUGUUUCCUUGCUAUUUGAAGCCCAGUUGCUACCCACUCAGGACGCCGUACAGCGGCGGGCUCAUGGGCUCUCCAGUCUUUUAGUUUUGCUCAUCAUGGUUAGUUCUGUGAUAAGUCUAUUCUUGAUUGUACUGUCACAAAGUUGUCAUAUUUGGAUUUUACGUUGUCUACCACGACAGGGUUGAAAAGAGUGUUUUGGAAACGGUUUAUUCACCAACAUAUUGUGAAUGUUUAACUGUGCAGCGUAGGUCAUUACGAGAGGGAAUGUACCGAGAGUACUGUGAAGCUUCCUGGAUGACAAAACACCUACACACAGUAUGAAUGGUACCAGAUCAGUUCCUGGUUUAGAAAGCAAAGUUGGCAGAUAAUUUUAACGUGUGUGUGUGCGCGCGAGCUGUGUCUGUGUGGAUGCACAUGUGUGUCAUUUUGUGUGUGUGUGUGUGUGUGUGUGUGUGUUUUUUGUGAGUGUACAAGAGUGCAGAAAGUGUGGAUCUAUAGGAUAAUCAUGCUGAAAACUAACACUUGACAGAUAUUUUAAGGUUAACACAAACUAUUCAGUUAUGACAGUUUUUCAUUUUUAAUUUAGAAUCAAUCUUACAGAACGCAGGGAGCUGGCUCUCCUAUAGACAGUAAACUCACUCAGGCAAAGUUCAUGAAGGCUGACGAAAUAAAAAGCUAUUCUUUUCAGAUCAAACAACAUUCCUCCCAGUUUCCUCAAGACUUCUCCUCCUCAUCCCGGUUGACAUGUGAUACAAAGUUUAGCUCAAUAUGCGACUACAGAAAAUAUUAGAAUUCAAAUCGCAGUCUGAAAAUAUUGACCUUGUACCGUUGAAAAUAUUGAUUUGUCAUAGUAGUUGAAUAUGCAGUUGCUUCACGGUUUGCUGAUGAAAGGCUGUUUUUAAGAUGAAUUUUUUGGAAAGAGUGUACAUUGAAGGUUUUUAACGCUUUAAUGUCUUUUUUUACCGUAAUGGGCAUUUGGUUUGUAUAGUAUAUAGCUCUAAUUGAUAAUUGAAGCUGUGGUGUAUGUACUGUAUAUUCAGUAAGAGCCUGGGUCUUGGGAGCACCCAGCUACAGUAUCAUCUGUUGGAAGGACACAAUUUUUGCGACUAUUUAUAUUUCCUACAUUCUGUAUUCAAUCCUGACGCAUUUCAGGCAAUGCAAUUUUACUAUUGUUUGUACCUUUGCAAAAAAAUGAAAUAAAGAAAAUGGUAAA